AUGAACUCGCUCCUUGAUGCGCUGUCAGACAGAGCGCAAGACCAAAAAAAGCCGUGUACUUCUUGUAGAAGUUGCUUCACUGGAGGUGACAGUGUGGUCACCUACAAGGCCAACACUGCCAGCUGUGAUUGGCUGGGCUGGUUGCGGACGGUGCUGUCCUUGCGAGGCCGGCCAAUCCUGCACGUCGCGCCGCCGUUGCUGGUGAUCGGUGCGAUGGCCGUCAUAUGUGCAGCAGCAAAAGACUCAAGCACGAUCUUUGGCCAGAACUGGGAUAUUCCUCACUUGGAAGACAUCCUAAAGGAGGACUAUGCGCUUCUGCUUACUCCGCUGUCCUUCAUGUUAGUAUAUCGCCUGAACCGCUCCGCCGUGCGCUUCUAUGAUGCGCGGGCGGCCGCGGGCAAGCUCAUUGAACUCUGCCGCGUGCUGGCGGGAGAGGCAGUGCAUUUUGCUUCGCAUGACAAGGCUGCCUGCGACGAGAUCUGCCGCUGGAUCGUGGCAUUCCCCGUGUGCACCCGGAACUUCCUGCGCGGCCAGGAUUCCGUGGGGGAGCUGCACGGGGUGCUGGAUCUCACACAGCUGGCGGCGCUGCAGAAGGCGCCGGUGCAGACCCUGUUUGCCUGCGACCGCAUCCGCGCUGCGACGCUGCGGGCGGCGAGGAGCAACCAGAAGGAUCCGGCGCCGGUGGUGGCGGUGAUGCUGCAGACCAUGGAGGGCCACAUCGGCACGCUGACGGGGUCCAUGGGCGCCAUGGAGCGGAUCAAUAACACCCCGCUGCCCUUCGCCUACGUGUCCCACUUGCGGACCUGCCUUGUGGUCUAUCUGCUGGGCCUGCCCUGGAUGCUGAAGACGGACUCCUGGUGGUCCGUGCCGCUGGUGCUGCUGGUCUCCUACGCCCUGCUGGGCAUCGAGGCGGCGGCGGUGGCUUGCGAGCGGCCCUUCCGGGACCAGGCCAACCACCUGCCCUUCGACCAGUUCGCGAGGGUUGUGGCGGACAACGUCCGGCAGAUUCUGCUGCAGGCCGAAGUCGACAGCAUAGCUGUGCCAGAACAGGAGCGCGACAUCCGCUCCUUGGACCUGCCGCGGGUCUCCGAAAACAUCCGGGUCUGCGUGCGGAUUCGGCCUCUCACCUCCGAAGAGGCCAACAGCGGCGAGCUGCCCAGCAUCGUACCGGGCCCUCAGGGCAGCGGCCUGCUGAAGCUGCUGCUGCUGGACUCCCUGUCCACCUCCAGGCGGACGGAUGAGCGGAAGCUCGUGGCUCCAAGGAGCUGGCCCAAGGCCUGGGAGUUUGACUUUGUGAUCUCCGGAAAAGGAUCCCAGGCCGGGGUGUACAACCUCUUGGGGCAGCAUUUGGUGCAGAACUCCGUGGAAGGCUUGAACGGCUGCGUGAUCGCGUGCGGCCCCUCCGGCAGCGGAAAGAGCCACACCAUCUUUGGAGGGCGCCAACAGGAUGGCAGCAGGGCCUGGUGCCGCGCCUCGCAGAGGGCAUCUUUCGGGUGCUCCGUGCCCGGGGGGAGAAGCACAUCGUGA